UACUUCUGCUUCAUCACCAUGACAACCAUCGGUCUCGGGGAUCUCGUGCCAGAACGCACGGAAUUCAUGCUCGUAUGCACCCUGUACAUACUUAUAGGUUUGGCCCUGACUUCUACCAUCAUAGAGUUAGUCAGACGUCAGUACGCUGAGAGCUGGCAACAAAUGAAGGAGUUCAGCGGCAAGCUCGGCGAACUCUCGGGGCCCCUGGCAGAGCACCUGCGGAGGAUCGGGGAGCAGGCGGGAGACCUCAACAUGGACGUCCAUUUGCUGAAGGAUCUCAAGGACCUCAAGACCGUGAUCACGCUGAGCAAGCUGGAGGCCCUCACGCGAAUGGACCCCAAGCUGCGGACCGACGCCCGCCUCGCCGAGCUGCUGAAGAGCCACCUGAGCGGGGACGAGGGCGCCGAGUUCCUGGGCGACGUGGCGGAGGCGCUGCAGCCCAACGGCACCAAGAGGAAGGUCAUUCAGGUCGUCAUCUACGAGAGCUCCGUGUGACCUGCGGGAGGCGAGCGAGGAAAAGUUCACGCGGAGGAAAAAUAAAUUAAAAUAAAGAUAAGAUGAUAUAAGGAA